AUGGACAAAUUCAUUGAGGACAAUAGGUGUCCAGGAAUACGCUCACGUCAACGACCACGCCACCGUCGACGCCCCACGCUGCACACCCACACCCAACGCCCAUGUCGACGCCCCACGCGCACACCAACGCCCCACACCCACACCCCACGCUCACGUCGACGCCCCACACGCACACCCCACGCCAAUGCCCGAUGCUCACGUCAACGACCACGCCACCGUCGACGCCCCACGCUGCACACCCACGCCAAUUGCCACGCUACCGUCGGCGCCCAACGUGCACAUCCACACCCCACACCCACACCCCACGCCAAAGCCCCACGCCCUACACCCACGCCAAUUGCCACGCUACCGUCGGCGCCCCACGCUGCACACCCACACUCCACGCCCAUGUCGACGCCCCACGCGCCACACCCCACGCCAACGCCCCAUGCCCACGGCAACGACCACGCCAUCGUCGACACCCCAGGCUGCACUCCCACGCCCCACGCCCACGCCAACGCCCCGUGCCCACGCCAACCACCACGCCCACGCGAACGCCCCACACCUAACGCCCCAUACCAACACCCCACGCUCACGUCGACGCCCCACACGCACACCCCACGCCAACGCCAGAUGCUCACGUCAACGACCACGCCACCGUCGACGCCCCACGCUGCACACCCACACCCAACGCCCAUGUCGACGCCCCACGCGCACACCAACGCCCCACACCCACACCCCACGCUCACGUCGACGUCCCACACGCACACCCCACGCCAACGCCUGAUGCUCACGUCAACGACCACGCCACCGUCGACGCCCCACGCUGCACACCCACGCUCCACGCCCACGUCGACGCCCAACGUGCACAUCCACACCCCACACCCACACCCCACGCCAAAGCCCCACGCCCUACACCCACGCCAAUUGCCACGCUACCGUCGACGCCCCACGCUGCACACCCACACUCCACGCCCAUGUCGACGCCCCACGCGCCACACCCCACGCCAACGCCCCAUGCCCACGGCAACGACCACGCCAUCGUCGACACCCCACGCUGCACUCCCACGCCCCACGCCCACGCCAACGCCCCGUGCCCACGCCAACCACCACGCCCACGCCAACGCCCCACACCUCACGCCCCAUACCAACACAAACGCCCACGCCCACCUUCCACCUCCCACUUCCCACGCCCACAACCAAACCAACGCCCCACGCUUACGCCAACGCUCCACGCCCACACCCACCCCACGCGCACACCAACGUCCAUACCCACUCCAACUAUAA